AUGGUUGCAUCGGUGGUACCACAAAAAAGAAAAACAGCGGAAAUAGAAGACAGUGAUGACGUGCCGGCCAAGAACACGAAGUUAAACCCUUUAGAAGAGUUAAAAACCAAGCUUUCUUACAGUAAAUGGAUGAAAAGUAUUCGUACUACGUUAAAAACUAAGGAUAGAGAUGCUAUUGUGACAAAGUUUGAGGAAUAUUUGACUAUUUUUAAAAAUGAUGGCAAAGUUUGGGCGCAAUACAUCAAGUACGAGAUGGAACACCCCCCAGAAGGCCAAGAAAUUGAUAAACAGAAAAUCGAAAAGAUGUUUGCUCAAACUUUGACUAAAGUUUGCGAUCUUGAUCUUUGGAAGAUGUAUCUUAAGUAUGUACAAAAAAUCCAUCCUACUGCUUCCAAAUCACAGGAAGAGCAAGAUUUGGCAAGAUCUGUCGUAUUAAAAGCUUUCCAGUUUGCGGCCGAAAACGUGGGCAUAGAUUAUCUCAGAUCUUCUGAGUUGUGGACGGAAUAUAUCAAAUAUUUAAACGGUUGGAAACCAACAAAUGCAAAUGAAGCUGCUACAAAGACCGAACUCACUCGUCAGGUAAUGGUGAGGAUGAUAUCAGUUCCUUCUUUACAGCUUGAAGAAAACUGGAAAAUGUAUAUUCGGUUUGAAAAUGCCGUUGAUCAGGCAAAGGCAAGAAAAAAUAUAAACGAUCACUCACCGGAUUUCAUGAAACUUAGGCCGUUAAGUCAGGAGUUGUAUUCAAUUACGAAUCUUCUUAAGGAGAAUAAUGAAAGAAGACAUAGUAGAAAGCAGCUGGCAAGAUUUGCACUUUGGAUUAAAUGGGAACGCGCUAACAAAUUAUCACUCACCGAUGAUGCGGUUGAAAAAAGAGUUAAUUAUGUUUAUCGUCUAUCUACUCAAAUGGCUAGAUAUCAGCCAGAAGUUUGGUAUAAUUAUGCUUCGUAUCUUCUUUCAAAAAAGAAGGAGGAUGAAGCAUUAGACAUUAUACGUGACGGACUAUUGAUCAAUCCGCAAAGUCUGUGCUUAACCUAUCAGUUGGCAAACUGUCACGAGGCGCAAUCGGACCUCAAGGCUACACAGAAAGUUUGGAUUGCCCUAAUAGAUUAUCUAAAAAAGGAAUACGAAUAUUUGAAACCGGAUCCACAGAAAAACAAAGAAUUAGAUGAACAUGCGAAAACCAUUUGUAGUUGCUAUAUUAUGCUAAUGAAGCAAACUAAACGGAUGGCAACCAUUAAGGAGGUCAGGAGAGCAUUUGCCUUGGCAAGAAAGUUUGAAAAGGUAUCUUGGCAGGUUUAUGUUAGUUACGCUUUGAUCGAAUAUCAAUGCAAUGAAGUCAAAGUUGCUGUCAGAUCUUUUGAACUUGCGAUGCGCCACUUUGGAAAAAUUUAUGAUUUUGUGUCAGCCUAUCUUGACUUCCUCAUUGGGAUUAAGGACAUGACAAAUUGUAAGAAGGUGAUUGAAAUUAGUCUUGACACGUUAAAGGAAGAUCCUGAAGCCACGACCAAACUUUUCAGAAGAUACAUGAAGAUAGAGCUCAGCUUUGGGGACACAAAUUCAAUUAGAUCACUUGAGAACAGAUUCAUCGCCAGAUUUCCCGAUACAACACCUUUUGAGCUUUCGGUUAUGAACUUUGAAAGUGACUAUGAGAAGUACAAUGCUUGUUUGACAACUGACAAAUAUAUAUCUAACAAAAUAGGUGCCAGGAAGAUUACAGGAGAAAAGCCUGCAUCAAUAGUGGAAAAUAAUAGUAUUCCUAUAACUGAUAAUGAAGUUGUAUCUGGACUUUCCGUGGGCCCGGAAAUAACCAAUACUAUGGAUGCAAAUGCUUCUACGCAAGGUAUACAAAAUGCAACGAGUGUUGAUAAUAUGCAACAGAUGGUUCCACCACGAAAACCAUUUGUAGUGCGAGAUGAGGUUUACAACUUGCUUCGUGUGCUACCAAAAGCUGACUACUAUAGCAACCAACCGAAGAUAUUUGAUGUAAAGAAGACGGUGAAGUUCCUCCGGGGGUUGAAUAUAUAG